AUGGACAGUAUGCAGCUCACCUACUUCUUACUGCUUGUAGUAACUCUCUUAGGAUGCCUUUUGGCGAGUCCUGUAAACGAGGAUCCUGCGGCUGCAGAAACUCUAGAUGAUGUGGCUGAUUUGGGUGAUCAGGAAGCAAAGGAGGGCGAUAGACCAGCUCGGUGGCUAGACGGAGGUUGGGGAGGUGGCUGGAAUACAGGAUGGGGCGGUGGAUGGAAUGGAGGCUGGAACAGAGGGUGGAGUAUAUCCUACAGUCCCUGGAGAAGCAGCUACAGUAAUUAUUGGUGGUAGCAAAGUUCAAUUACAGUAGCUUCCCAAAACUUGGUGCUAACUUUUGAAUGAAGUGAUGCAAAAUUAUAAUAAAGUUAUGUUAAAGUUCUUUGAAAGCUCUUGAGUUCCAAAUAAAGCGCAUUAAGUUAACAAAAAACCAAAGCUUUAAAGAGCUUCUUAAUAGCCAAAUUAAAAAACAGAAAACCAUUUCAAUUGUUUACGUUCUGGAAUUUU